UAAAGUAUGCAAAAACUACCGGUCUAUUAUCAAAUAACCUACGACCCUCAUGAGGAUAAGCGGUUUGGAAUGUUUUCAAAUGCAGAGAGUAAAUGUACUCGGGAAAUACUCAAGUACAAGUACUAAAGUACAGGCGGAGCACGUGGUAGCUGGACGCCUGCCCACUACUCGCCGGGUGACGCGUGAACGACAAAAGCCGCAUUAAGAAAGUUUGAACGACUCACUUUAGUUGUCGCGAAUUCUGUCAACAAAAGGAACAUGUCCUCGACACCAACCAAUAAGCAGGCCUUGAAACCACCAGAUGGUGGCUGGGGUUGGAUGGUCGUGAUUGGGGCUCAUAUUUCCAUUGGCUUUGCCUACUCUACACCCAAAGCCCUCUCCAUUUUCUUCAAGGAUAUCCGAUCAGACUUGCAAGCCAGCGAGAGUGACAUAGCGUGGAUCUCAUCUAUCAUGUUAGCAGCCAUGUAUGCUGGAGGACCGGUGAGCAGCGCGUUGGUCAAUCGCUUUGGAAGCCGACCGAUAGUUAUUGUAGGGGGGCUGAUGUGCGGGGCCUCCAUGGUCGCGGCUUCUUUCGGGAACUCCAUCGUUUACCUCUACUUGUGCGUUGGAGUCAUUGCAGGCUGUGGACUGGCCUUAAACCUGAAUGCAUCUAUCACCAUCAUCAGCAAGUAUUUUCUGGCCAAGCGUCCUUUGGCCAAUGGUCUCGCAAUGGCAGGGAGUCCUGUUUUUUUGUGCUUCCUAGCCCCUUUUAAUCAAUUUCUACUGGACAAGUUUGGCUGGAGAGGAAGUCUUCUUAUCCUCGGGGCUCUGAUGCUCAACUGUUGUGUGGCCGGGGCCUUGAUGAGACCCCUCGCUUCCUGUACCUCGUUUCCCGCUCCCCAUAAAGAAGCGGAGGAGCAGUCUAAUAACGCCAACACCAAGCCACUGAAGCAAAGUUGCAGCAGAGGUGCCAAGAACAUCUUUGACUGGUCCUUUUUCAAAGAUCGAGGUUUUCUUAUUUACCUCAUCGGGAACAUCAUGUUCAUUUUCGGUGCCUACGCACCCAUCAUGUUCCUGACAGAUUACGCCAUCAGUCGUGGCGUUGACCAAUACUCGGCAGCGUAUCUGCUCUCCAUUAUGGGCUUUGUGGACAUGUUUGUUCGCCCCGGCACAGGCUUGAUUGCCAACAGCAAGUGGAUCCGACCACGAAUCCAGUACUUCUUCAGCUUUGCCGUGGUGUUCAAUGGCACCUGCCAUUUACUCUGUCCACUGAUCACCAACUACACCUUUUUGGUGGUGUACGCCGUAUUUUUUGGCGUGGCUUUCGGCAUGGUGUUCGCCCUCAUCUUUGAGUGCCUGAUGGAUCUGAUGGGAAAUCAACGCUUCCCUCGUGCCGUUGGACUGGUCACCAUCAUUGAGUGUGUCCCCAUGCUGCUGGGACCGCCCACUGCAGGUUUACUGGUGGAUAAAUUUGAAGACUACAAGUACCUCUUCUUCUUGUGCGGCGCAGUGAUUGUUACCGGCGGGAUCUUCCUUUUCGUCAUGAAUAUUUACAACUAUCGUAUGCUGGAAAAAGAGAGGCGUCGACAGCCAAACGCAAAUCACACAGUAGGCCAAGACCAGGCCGAGAUGGCGAGCGCGCUCACUCACACUUUUUGUCCAAAGGAGUCUGACGUGCUUGAGUGUAAAGAAGACGUAGCGAGCAUCCAAGUUAAAAGUUGACACUUUUAACAAGGGUUUGUCGAUUGUAAUUGGCUAGAAUAUGGUUCAAAUGAUGUUUACAUUACCCUAUUUUUUAAUGUUCAAUGAAAUCCAAUGUAGCAGUAUAAAAAACAAAACUGUGGGACGAUGAAUUCUAUUCAGAAGACAUUCCAUUUAAAUGGAAUACUUCAUUCUUGCAGAGAUAGGCUCAGAUAUUUUUUUUUAGUUUUAUCUUUCCCAAGACCAAAGUGGCACUUACGUUGAAUAACUCAAAACAGCUCCAAGGUUUUAUUAUCUUGUUACCUUUCACCUACAGUACGUGCCCCUCCUUUCUACUGUUCAAAAGUACAACGUUACACUGAUCCCCCAAGCCUUACAUUUGAAGUUGACAUAUUUUCGAAACAAAUGAGCCAGCGUACUUUUCCUUCCAUCACUAGGCCAUAUAUGUUCCUCUGUGCCAUUUCCUGACAACAUUGCACUGAUGAGUCCUACUGCUUGACUUUUGAGACUGUGUUUGUCAACCAAACAUGAAUGUUUUAAGUGUUCGAUACUCUUACUGUGUAAAACGGUUCCUUUGUUUUCUGUCAGUGACCAGACUGUGAAUUACUUCUUCGGUGCGUCUAAAUCAAUAGUGCUUAACCUGGGUUCGAUCGAACCCUAGGGGUUCGGUGAGUAGGUCUCAGGGGUUCGACAGAGCCUCCACUGAGGAGGUCCGAACAAACCUGAUUUAUCGUGUAAGUAUGCAAUUUGUUGUGAGUUUAUGCAUUGUGUUGAUUUUGUUCUUUGAACAAGGUGAUGUUCAUCAACGGCUCAUUUUGUGCACCAGUAAAAAACAUCUAUGUCUUGAAUUUAAAAAAUAUAUAUUUUUCACAAACGAGGGGUUCGGUGAAUGCGCAUAUGAAACCUCUAACAAGGUGAAGAACCACUGGUCUAAAUGAAUUUGACUCUACUGAAUACAAAACGUGUCUGUCUGCAAUCACUUCAAUUAACAAGCCUAUUAAAGCCAAACAUAACCAUGACAACUUGUACCGCACGGAUGGAGCGAGAUAUAAGAUGAGAGAGCGCGUCUAGAUGUUGAUGACCCACCCACCUUUCUCCCGACCUUUGCAUCUGUAAGAAUCAAAUCUGCCUUGUUUACAAUCGGCGGCUGAGCCGAUGAAUCGGGAGCGGUCUUACACGAGUGGCCGGU